AUGGAUUUCAUAACAUUUCUCGGGAUAUUUACGAUACUCGGGAUUGGUGUCUUCUUCUCGCUCUUGGUAUUCUUUACACCAAAACCUCGAAAACGGUUAGAAUCCGAAAGAUACUACUUGUCGUCUAAGACAGAAAAAUCGCAGAUUUUACCUAGCAUUUUCGACGAGCCGGAAUUAUCCUUGACAGUGGUGGUCCCUGCGUAUAAUGAGACGAAGAGAAUACCCGACAUGUUGCAGGAAACAGUAGAAUAUUUAGAAAGUCGGAAGCUAGAGGACGUGAAUUUCAAUUAUGAAAUUCUAGUAGUAGACGAUGGAAGCACGGAUAAUACAACUAAGGUUGCGUUAGAAUUUGGUCAAGGGAAAAAUAUUGAUUUGAAAGUUUUACG